CUCCAGGAUAGGUGCCAAAAUGGGUCUGAAGCAAACCGCAAUCUUUGCCCUUGGGGUGGCCCAGGCCUGGACUGCAUCCGCCACCAACAACAAGAGACAAGCUACAACCAAGUAUUGCCCAGGAAACACACAAAUAUGCUUUUCCGAGUUCAAGGUGCCAACCCACGACGUCAUCUACCGGAUCGCUAUCCCUGACGUUGCCGCCGCGCCGUUCGACGUCUUGUUGCAGAUAGUGGCUCCAGUCUCCAAGGCUGGCUGGGCUGGCAUCGCAUGGGGCGGGAAAAUGGCCACGAAUCCCUUGACGGUAGCAUGGCCGAAUGGUAACACUGCGGUGGUCUCAUCUCGUUGGAGCACGGGGAGAAACGUACCUGGCGCGUAUGCAGGCGCGACGUACACAGUCCUUCCAACCACCCACACCAACGAAACACACUGGCAGUUGGAUGUGCUGUGCCGAGGGUGUAGUGAGUGGGCAGGCGGCUCCUUGGACCCCAACGGUGUCAACACGCUAGCCUGGGCCAAGAAUGCCCGUGUGGUCAAUACAGCCACCAGCAACACGAGCUCUUUUGGAAUCCACGAUGGGCGAGGCGCCUGGUCUCAUGAGUUUAGCCAAGCCAGAAUUCCAAAGGGUGUCUUUGAUGCGGUCGCUUACGACCUGGAGAACACACCAGUGUCCAGUUCCAGCGCAGCUUCGAGCGCGAGUUUCAGCACGAGCCUGACUUCGAGCUCAAGCGCUGCGGUCGUGUCAACAUCGGUUGUGGUCCUUCCGCGGCCAUCAACCACAUCCACGACGGUCAUAGUCGCUCCUAGCACCAUUUCCUCAUCAACAAGCAAGGCGGCACUGACCUCAAGCUCAUCUACCACCCCAGCCGGCCCACAGACAACAUAUGUUUUCAUCACGACUAGGGUUUCUCAGCUUCCACCAAGACCAACAACGCCGUCUCCAAGUAUCGUGACAGUGACGGUAACUGUCCGGCCGACGCCAACCACCACACAGGUCACCCCUCCAUGGGGAGGUGGUGGAGGUGGAGGAGGGCCCCCAUGGGGCAAGGGUAAAGGCGGCGGCGGUGGUUGGGGGAAGGGCUGGGGGCGACGUCGGUUGGCUGCGAGACCGGUGGAAGAGGAGUAG